GGCAUAUCAAAUGGGUAGCUGAUUUGUAUAGCAAGUUCCCGUUGGAUGUGUACCUUCGUGAACUUCUUGCGUUUUUCAAAACAGUGAAACCUGACUUAGAUUAUAUUGUCUAUUCCCCGGAUAACUUCCAAAUAUUAAACAAGUUGAUUCCGGUUGAUAAGGUUGUACUUGGGAAUGUUCCUCGUGUUAAACGGGCACGAGCUUUGAGAAAUAGUAGUGAGGGUGUUGAUGAGUUGAUUAGUACCAUUGAUAAUAUUAACAAAUUAAACCCAUAUGUGUUGUUACGCAGUUGUUUACAGGAUAAAGACAAGUGCAAAUUGAUCAGUUUAGCGUUUCAACGAGGAGACACCAAGUUUAUCAAUAAAAUAGACGGGUAUGUCAAGAUUAAUCUUGAAGACAAGUUAAUGAAUCAAGAGGAGUAUGAUCAAUUCUUUGCGUUGUUGGUUAAUAUAUUGGAGAAUAGUGGUGGAACAAUUCAGCUUCCUCUGGUCAAACAUUUUGUUUCUUAUCCUCAAGAGCCAUACUUUAAGUCGUUGGGAUAUCGAUCAAAGUUGAUCAAGUAUACGACUAAAUUGCAAGCUUGGGAAUUGGUAGAUAUUAUAGAACGGGAUAUUUCCUAUCUUAAGCAGAAAAGUAACGAAGACGACAGCAUUGUGAAAGAAUAUUUGACAGGCAUAUUAGACUUGUUCAAAUUAAAACAAGAGCAAUCUAUUCAUGAAACACUCAACCAAUGCAUUCCCAAACUAUUUGAUUUGAUCCUCCUUGCCAAUUGCAAAGACUCGCUUACUUAUAAACUUGUCCAAUAUCUCCAGUCGUUGCCUUCAAGUGUGAUUAACCAACUCACCGAAACUGCGGUGCUUCCACCACCCACCUCAGUAUAUUCGAUGCUUCUUGAUGGCGAUAUUGUCUAUUUAUCCCUGAUAUGCAACCACAUUGCCAAUUCUCGGAAGUUCAAAUACAAAAACCCCGAGUUGAAACAGUUGCAGAAUUCGUAUAUUAUGGAUACAGUCAACUUUCUUUGGCGGGACAAGUUCAUGCACAGUGAAGCAAAGCUGGCCAAUCGAGGAAUGUAUCUUCCAGCUACAUUAGUAGACAAGCUAAGUUCACAUUAUGAUAUACCGCAACCGGCUACGUUAGGAAACAUAUUCAUGAAUCCCGCAUUGAGUUAUAUUGUGACACGAAUAGUGUGGAAGUUAGAGGACGAACAAGAGGUGGGAAUACGACAUGCUGGGCCUAUUUCGAGACAAAGUGUGAUUGAAUUGAAUGAGCUGGAUUGGUUGAAUAUGAGUUAUGAUGAUUUGAAAGUUAAAAUUAUUGAGAAGUUGGAUGGGAUUGCAUCUGAUGGAGUUUGUGAAUUGCUUUAUACUUCAUUGAAACCGUUGGCUGAUAAGAGGGGACGUGUAUAAACAUAUAUAAUGUUAUUCUAUCUGAC